AUGCUACUGAUGGGAGCAGUGUUUGGCAGCGAAGACGAAUUUCGGCUGAUACAAGACCUGAGGAACAAUUAUGAUCCAAUAGAGAGACCUGUUCGGAAUCAUUCGGAACCUAUUCGAGUCGACCUCAGGAUCAUUCUACAGCAGCUGGUGGAUGUGGUGAUUACUUUGGUGCUGUGGACUCAAUUCAAAUGGAAUGACUAUAAAAUGCGUUGGGAUCCGAAGGAGUACGGCAACAUCACCAACAUACAACUACCCAACGAUUUCCUUUGGAAGCCUGAUAUAUUGCUUUUCAACAGCGCUGACGAACACUUCGACGCUUCAUUUCCAGUAAAUUUUGUAGCUUCCUCGAACGGAAAUAUUCUUUUGGCACCGCCUGGCAUCGUGAAGAUUUCGUGCGAACUGUCGAUGACGUGGUUUCCGUUCGACGAACAAAUGUGCUUCAUAAAGUAUGGUUCCUGGACCUACACGGGUUCAAAACUCGAUCUUCAUAUUGACGACACUGGUUUGAGCGAAAUAAAUAAAAUGGACCUCAGUUACUAUGUGCCGAAUGGAGAAUUUGACCUGCUUGCAACACCAGCAGACCGAAUUGUGUCAACGUUCAACGACGAACUGUAUGUAGAGGUGUACUUCAGGAUGCAUCUGAAGAGAAAAACGCUAUACUACGGACUGAACUGGAUAGUACCUUCUGUGCUGAUUUCGAUCAGCAAUGUACUCGGUUUCACAAUGCCUUCCGAGUGCGGAGAGAAGAUCACUCUGCAAAUCACCAACUUGUUAUCCGUAACUGUUUUCCUUGGUAUGGUAUCGGAAAUCACUCCACCUACGUCAGAAUCAAUUCCAAUUAUAGCCGUGUUCUUCUCACUUUCGAUGUUGAUUUUGGGCUGUUCGAUUAUAGCCACCCUCGUCAUAAUUAAUGUCCAUUUCCGAUCACCACAAACUCAUCAGAUGGGGAAAUGGACACGGUUGAUUUUUCUGGAAUGGCUGCCGUGGAUCCUUCUGAUGUCCAGACCAGGAAAAAAAUUCGUCCGUCCCUCAAAGAAUGGUUCUUCUUCCGAGGGUAGUCAAUCUGAUAAUGGAGAUGAGAGAUUUCAAAAAACCGCUGGAAGACACGUUGUACUCAUUGAUAACGAUGAUGAUGAGAAAGAACCAUUUAUAAAUGGAGAUAUUCAUCAGAUGGAGAAAGUCAAAGCUCUACGGCCAUAUCUUGUUCGAAGUUCGGAGUGCCUCAUCGACCACACUGCAAUGGAGAGUGGAAUCAGGGAAAUCAUAUAUUUGCUUAACUCGUUUAAGGAACGGCUCGAUGAAGAAGAGCGUGAGUCAGACAUGCAGGCCGACUGGAAAUUUACCGCCAUGGUCAUCGAUCGAUUUUCCCUGUACCUGUUCACUCUACUUAUAGGCGCUACUACAGCCUUAGUAUUCUUCUCCACUCCUCGACUCUUCAUCGAUUCCCCGAUCUAUUAA